AAAAAGAAAUAUAAUUAAAAAAAUAUCGUAUCACAUUCGAGUACGAAUGUAAACUGUUCACGUUCCGCUUUGAAAAUCUACUGCGCAUACGCGAGAAUUCUUUAGGAAUCUGGUAGGAUAGUUGAUUCAGUUCAAGGAAAUGGCGUCUCGUAGGUGGAGAUCAUUGCGUCGAAUUUCACGAAUCAUGAAUGAAUUUUAACGUUCAUCACAUAUCUUUUUUUAAUUACGUGUGUUAUUAAUCGUAUAUUGAAAAGAACGACUAUUGAACGAUGAAUGAAAUAAGUGGUAAUAAACAAGAGUUACCAAAUACUUCGGCUUGGGAAACUCUAUCAGCACCAUCUCUAUCUUCAGCAUCUAAUAUGCAUCAUCAUCAUCAAACGUUGCAGCAGGAUACAAGUACAACAGUUAUGCAAGUUAUAGUUCCUACUCCUGUUAAACUUCAAGGUCCUAUAUUAUCUCCAGCUCAAACGGUAACCGAUCAUUGUUCGCAACUUGGACAUCUGCAACAAACACCUUUAAUGACUCAGGGUUUAGCACCAACAAAUUUUUCUGAUCUUGAACUUUCGCCUGAACUUCAACAACAAGGUUGGAAAAAAUUCUGGAGUAAACGAGAAAACAGGCCUUAUUUCUGGAACAAAUUAACGGGUGAAUCAUUGUGGGUUGUCCCCUCUUUAAAAUCUCAGUUUGAUCCAAUCACGGAUCCCCUUGGUAUAUGUGGUGUACCUCCAGUUCCUGGAAAUGGAUCAAUACCUCUCUGUACACCAAGUGGUGGAGUAAAACGUAGAGCUUCAGAAGAUGGUACUGCACCAGCUCCAAAAAAAUUUGUGUUAGCAGGUCCAUGGGAUCUUGAAAUUCCAACCAAUGUAAUUAUUCACGAACGAGCACCAUCAAAUUUGCCACAUGUCCAUCCUGAAGUGGAAGCAUUAAGAUGUGGUUUACUUGCAAAGUUACGUUUGUGCUAUCAAGAACUUUGCCAUACACGAGAGUCAAUAGAUGCCCCUAAAGAUUCUUUUAACAGAUGGUUAAUGGAACGUAAGGUUAUAGACUGUGGAUCAGACCCAUUGUUGCCAAGUCAGUGCUUUCCAGAGAUCUCUAUGUCGAUGUAUCGUGAAAUUAUGAAUGAUAUCCCUAUUAAAUUAGUAAGACCAAAAUUUACUGGUGAUGCUAGAAAACAAUUAUCUCGUUACGCGGAAGCAGCUAAAAAAAUGAUAGAAUCAAGAGCAGCCUCUCCCGAAAGCAGAAAAGUUGUAAAAUGGAAUGCCGAAGAUACAUUUCAAUGGCUCCGACGGACAGUCGGUGCAACAUUUGAUGACUUUCAGGAUCGACUUGCUCAUUUAAAACGUCAAUGUCAACCUCACCUUACUGAAACUGUAAAAGCAAGUGUCGAGGGUAUUUGUUUAAAAAUUUAUCACUUGUCUACAGAGUAUGCAAAAAAAAUUAAAGAUAAAAAUAAUCAAAUAUUAAAAGACAGUGGUUUAGGGGAUGUGAUACCAUUGGGGGGACCUGCUAGUAUGCAAAGAAAAGUUUGGUGUUAUCCAGUGCAAUUUUCUCUUCCUACUCCUCGGCUUCCACAAGUGGAUUAUCUUCCUGAACGUGAUCAAACAAUGUUACGUUUUCAUGGUGACACUAUGUGUAUUAAUAAUACACAUUUAACAAAAUUAGAACAUUUGUAUAGGUAUAAUUGUUUUGAUGAUAAAAAAUUUGAAAUGUUUUUACCUCGUGUAUGGUGUAUGUUAAAACGAUAUCAAACAUAUCUUGGCAAUGAAGGACAAGCAACUCAGAUGGCUUUGCCAGUUACAGUUUUUGAGUGCCUCCAAAGAUCAUUUGGUGUGACAUUCGAGUGUUUUGCAUCUCCUUUAAAUUGUUACUUUAGACAAUAUUGUUCAACGUUUGCUGACACAGACUCCUAUUUCGGAUCAAGAGGUCCUUUUCUGGAUUUUAGACCUGUAAGCGGCUCUUUUCAAGCUAAUCCACCCUACUGUGAAGAACUCAUGGAAGCAAUGGUCAAUCACUUUGAACGUCUCUUAGCAGAUUCAACCGAACCUUUGUCUUUUGUUGUAUUUCUACCAGAGUGGCGAGAUCCAGCACCUAAUGCUCUCAUAAAGCUAGAAAGUAGUCAUUUUAAGCGUAAACAAGUAGUAGUACUUGCAAUGGAACAUGAAUACAGACAUGGACUUCAACAUAUAUUACCGAAAGGUGAAGUAAACAUCAGAGCUGCUCAUGGAACUUUGGUUGUAUGGCUUCAAAAUGCAGCAGGUGCUGCAAGAUGGGGUCCUACUGAGGAACGUGUAGAGGCAUUAUUAGAAGCUUGGCGUCCAGGAAGAGAAAGAGAAAGAGAUAAACAAGAACUUCUUUCUCCACCUAGGCAAACUCAUCAACAGAUUCCUGCAACACCUGUUCCAGUGUUAGCAACGCAAACUCCUCCAACAAUGCCACUUUCACAAACAUUAUCUACGCAUCCUACAUAAUCAUAUAAAAAAACUUUCUAAUAUAAAUUUAAUUUCAGUUCAUGUUAUGUAAAAAGAUCACAAUCGGUAGCAGACUCGUGUACCCUUUUUAAAACAUCGGACUUCAUAUGUCUAAUGACAUUCUGACUUUACUUCGUGUACAUAUUUCUUCUAAAAUAUUUAGUUUACAUAUACGAUUAUAUUUUAUAUCAAAAUUAAUAAUAAUUGUGGAAGUCGUCAGAUUGAAUCCAAUG